CAAAAUAAAAAAUUGAAACAUCAAUGUUCUCAAAAAAUCUCAUAACCACAGAGAUGGAAUGGCUCCUCACGAAGAUGGAGAGAAUAACUUCUCCGAUGAUGAUUUUCUUAACGAUAUACCAGCAGAUGCCCUAGAAGAGCUUGAGAACAAUGCUAUUGCUUUCACCCAAGCUCAGAUCAAAGCCCCUCCUUCUUCCGAUUAUGGGGAGGAGCUCGACGAUGACGAUUUAGAUGAUGCGGUCGUCAUCGAUGAGGCUAGGAGUGUGCCUGCAGUUGCACCAUAUGUACCUCGAAACAAUGUCAAUCAAGCUACCCAACAAGCACAAUUUCGACAGCAGCAGCAACGUUAUAGGGCAACAAACAUUGUGAACAGGCCUAGAAAUCAUAUAGGUCCUCCUCAUACUCGAAAACCAGACGUCUUACAACAGCCAGUUCUAAAUCCAGUGUCACGAGAGACUUCGAACCUUUCUCGGUUGGAGGGUCAGUCAGUUGUAGAUGGUGAUAAUGAGGCCCUUAGAAAAUUGGUGCAAGAGGUAUUCAUGGUUAUCAAUUAUCUCCUCAUUAACAAAGUCACUAAAUACUCUCCAGUUGCAACAAAAGAAUAAAGCUCUCGAACAAGAAGCUCUAACAAAAAAUGGCGAAAUCUCUAUUCUCCGCGGAAAGAUGGACAAAUCGCAAAAGGAAUAUGAAUGCACACAAGCGGCAAAAGAAAAGUUACACGUGGAGCAAUUGGCAAAGCUACAAAAGAUAGGAAGUUGCAGAGAUCGCUGCAAGAAAUGCUGCAAUUGAGCGAGAUUUCACAAAGCAAGACUUAUUUGAAGAAACCGAACGAGCCAGGAAGAUAAGUAAAGCUAAAAAUCCAAAGGAUACACAAGUUAUGACCCCAAAAAAAACAAAGCCGAUGUCGUUCAGGGAUGGCUUCGAUGAUGAUGAAAUCGAGGUGGUUUCUCCUAGUAAAAUUUCCCCUUCGAAGUUUCAGAAACGUCAACCUGGUACACCAUCAAGAGCAGCAAAGCGGAAACGCAAGGCAAACGAUAGCCCUUCAGCUAGUGCUUUGGAUAUGAUUCCUGUUCCAGACCAGCCUUCACAACUCCAAAAACUUCCUUUCUUGGACGAAUCGAUAUUAGAGAGGCUUGUUUUACAGGAUGAUCGAUCGGACUUUCUCGCGGCAAUGCUAGAUCAUCGACCCAAUCGUGAACACUUGAGGACUCUUGAAGCAUUUGGCAAGUAUGCUUUACCAUCAUCCCCCAAUGAAUCCUUUUCAUCUCUAAUUCUUGGAGAGAUUCCAAGAAUUGGUGCAAAAAAGCCUAUAUCAGAGGUACCAUCUGAGUUCUGCUUGUUUCUAAUAGAAUUGUGGUCUAAGUGUAUGGAUGAAAGUUAUUAUACCCCUAUUUACUUGUUUGUGGAUAUUCUCACAUUUGCGCUCGAGAUAAAAACGCUCUCCAUUGUACCGCAUGUAAUUGAUCAACUCAUUCCCUUGGCACAAAAAACUGCUGAUCUCGUAGCGAUCCCUCGUUUCAAAACCGAGUCACCCCAUCCUUUUGAUGAAGACAUCAAUGUAUCCGCUUGUUUGGCUCUCAUUCACCUCGCUGCAUUGGGAUGCGUCCCCGACCAAGAACACAUUACUAGAUUUUGGAAAUUGAUGCGAUGGGACUUUGUUCUUCUCAUGCUUAGUCAGAACCAGCUAGUGGCAGAUUUUGAGUGGAUGCUGCGAAUUCUAUCUACCGGUGUUUUGAAAAAUAGUUUCGGUAGCAAUGUGGAUGAUAAUCCAAAGUUGAGAACAUCCGCAAAUGCCGGCCAUAUCAUAGAACGUCUGACAUAUCCACUAUUCGAAGUACCUUGGUUCCCCUCGAGCGGGACCAAGGUUGACGCCGAUGUCGUCCUAAAGCUACGUCUACAAAUCAUUUUAUUGAUGACUAGUAUGACUCGAUCACCAUAUGCUGGAAAUGCACUUGUUUCCCAUCCAACUGCAAUUGGCAGAGUCGUCAGUUUGAUAAGCGAUGAAUUAGAUGGCCUAUAUGACCAUAAAUCUGGCCGUGAGGAGAGGUAUGUAAUCCUUUCCGCUUUAAGUAUACAUCAGCUGACUCUAUCUAGUGCUCGUCUCAUAAGUCUCGCAACUCGACUUCUGUUCCAUCUUGUCACUCGAUACGAAUUUGAUAUGCAGAAGAAAUUAUCCGUCAUUCGUGGGGGUUCACAAAAAUACCUACUAUGUCUGGCCAGGCUUAACUUUUCAGAGGAUGAUUUAGUUUUUGAGUCCGGUAUUGAUCCAGAUAUCCCCGGAUGUGCACUAGAAAUGUUGGAAAUGGUCGUCACGCCCGAGGAAGGAGAAGCUAUACAAAAAGCUUUGUCAAAUGGGUGAUUGAUACUCAGAUGCACAUCAAUCUAUGCAUGUUGUUCCAUUAUCAGGUGGGAGUUUCUGGGUAUACCGAAUUGGUGUUUUGCGAGGUGUUUUGGGCGGUUUCGUUUUGGGCCUGACGCCGUUAGAGGUGCUUUGCUUGAGGACAUCCCGUUGUUAGUUAAUACAAAUAUUAAACCUUUCACUUCACU